CCGUAGCUUUCCACAAAUCGUAAUCGUACCGUGUGCAAAAGUAAACUCAUAUCCAGAAACAUCGUUAAUGUAUCGUAGUUAAACAGGAGUAUUCACUUUGUGUUGUUCUGAACUGAUUUUAGACAAGGAAUUAAUCAAUUAUGCCUCCUAAAUUUGGCGGUGGAGAGAAGUGCGACAUUUGUAAGAAGUCGGUGUAUGCCAAUGAGAGAAUUGAAGCAGGCAAGAGGCCAUUUCAUAAACUUUGCUUUAAGUGCAGCAUAUGUAAAAUGACUCUAAAGCUAGAAAAUUACGCACAGGCGGACGGUAUUCUUUACUGUAAGAAACAUUACCAACAACAAAUCGUGGCUAAAAAUACACAAGAACCGGCUGCUGCGCUUUAGAACGGACGGACAAACGAAUGUAGAACAAUAACAUUACGUAAUGGAGUACAGAAAACUGUUAUAUAACUGAUACAAAACAUAUAUGUAAAUGUUAAACAUAUUCGACUAUAUUAUACAUGUAUACGUUUGCUGUGUAAAAUAUGUGUUUUAGUAGAUUUUUAAUGAAGCACGAUUUUAAUAUGUUAAAUUAAAGACAUGUAAAAUGAUGUCAUGGGAAAAGGCUAUAAAAAUAUUGCAAUGUCCUAUCUUUUGGUUAAUGCCAAUGCAUUAAAGGUAUUCCAACGAAAUAUGCUAUUCUGGUUUCAAAAGAAAAUAGACCCGAAAUAGAGGUGCAUGUACACAUAAGUAGCAUAAUGUUAUAAGAAUGACAGCAAUCUGAUAACAUUUGCAUUCAAUUUAAUAUACAUGUAUCUAAAGUGACAGAGCGUACAUGUAGUAUUUAGCGAAGUUUAUUGUAAGUUGAUUCUAUUCGCAUAAAAAAGGGCACGUGAUUUACCAUUCGAACUCGUGGUAUUGACGAUUUUCAAUAUAUAGUAGUGGUUAACCUUUUAGAUACAAAGUACCAUUUUAGGAGGAUGACAUCAUAUAUUAUCGAAACGUUACAAAUAAAAAAUGUAUUCUUUUUAUUACAAUACCUUGUGUUGCAGUUUUGUUAACUUACGUAACGUAACUAUUCAAAAAUAACAUAAUUGUUAGAAUAGUAAUUUUUAUUAAAGACAUGUGUUAUAUGUA